AUUUAAUUUUUUUUAUUAUUUAUAUUUAUAUUUUUAUUAUGAGAAAUCAGACAAAGACAAAGACAGUCUUCAAACUUCAUACUUCAAACCGGUAAUACUAUACUAAAAUAGUCCAUGAAGUCUGUGUCUUUCUCUCUCCUCUGAAUCCAAUAUCAAAAGGAUCCGAGGCGGUUCAAAAGAAUUUGCUCUGUAGUCUGUAGAGAGAGAGAGAGCAUGGAAGAGAGUUUGCUAUUGAAAGAUAAGGAGGAGGAAAAGAAGAGAGAGGUGGGUGGGCUAAGUACUCCAACAUGGACUGUGUUUGGUCAGGAGGUGAAGAAGUUGGGUUACAUAGCAGGACCCAUGGUGGCUGUCACUCUAUCACAGUACUUGUUGCAAGUUAUAUCGGUGAUGAUGGUCGGUCACCUCGGCGAACUUUCUCUCUCUAGCACCGCCAUCGCCAUCUCCCUCUCUGGUGUCACUGGCUUCAGUCUUCUUUUAGGAAUGGCUAGUGCGUUGGAAACUUUGUGUGGGCAAGCUUAUGGUGCUCUGCAAUACCAAAAACUGGGUACUCAAACUUACACCGCCAUUUUCUCUCUCGUCAUCGUUUGUAUCCCUCUCAGUGUCAUAUGGAUAUAUAUGGGAAAAAUACUAAGUUUCAUAGGCCAAGACCCUCUGAUUUCCCACGAAGCCGGAAAAUUCACAAUGUGGCUUGUUCCUGCCCUUUUCGCUUAUGCAACUCUUCAACCAGUUGUUCGGUAUUUUCAAACGCAGAGUUUGGUACUUCCUAUGCUGUUAACCUCAUGUGUCAUUCUUUGUUUUCAUAUACCUCUUUGUUGGGUGCUAGUAUUCAAGUCCGGGUUAGAAAACCUUGGAGCAGCACUAGCAAUUAGUAUUUCGUAUUGGUUAAACGUGAUCGUCCUUGGAUUAUACAUGAAGUUCUCGUCUGCCUGUGAAAAAACCCUCGCCCCAUUUUCAAUGGAGGUGUUCCAAGGAAUUGGAGAAUUCUUUCGCUUUGCUGUUCCCUCUGCUGUCAUGGUUUGUCUUGAGUGGUGGUCAUUUGAGCUGCUUAUCUUGUUCUCUGGGCUCUUGCCUCAUCCCCAACUCGAAGCUUCAGUAUUGUCUGUAUGUCUUUCAACCAUAUCUACACUCUAUACAAUACCAUAUGGACUUGGUGCUGCUGUUAGCACUAGAGUUUCAAAUGAGUUGGGAGCUGGGAACCCACAAGGGGCUCGUGUGGCCGUCUUUGCUGUGAUGUUCCUUGCAGUCGCGGAGACAACCAUAGUAACUGCAACGCUUUUUGCCAGCAGGCGUGCUUUCGGAUACACUUUCAGCAAUGAGAAGGAAGUCGUGGAUUACGUCACAACCAUGGCUCCUUUGGUUUGUCUGUCUGUAAUAAUGGACAGCCUACAAGGGGUCCUUUCAGGUGUUGCUAGGGGAUGUGGGUUGCAGCAUUUAGGAGCUUAUGUAAACCUUGGGGCCUUCUAUCUUUUUGGAAUUCCUAUUGCUGCCAUAUUGGGUUUCUGGUUAGAGUUAAGAGGAAAAGGCCUCUGGAUUGGGAUACAAGCUGGUUCUAUUCUACAAACAAUUCUGCUGGCUGUAGUAACAAGUUGUACAAAUUGGGAGAAACAGGCAACAAAGGCAAGGGAGAGAAUGUUUGAGGGAAGAUCUUCAUCAGAUAAUUGUUCAAUUUGAAUGAGCAAAGAUUUUCAAUAACUAGUGUUGCAGUUCUACAAGACAGUUACUACUAAUUGUAUAUAUAUUCUUUUUUUUUGGGAA